CCUUUUUCCCCGAGAUUUUUUUUCCUCUGUUCGGUCAGCCAUUGAAUUUUUGAUUCAUUGGCUCUAAAAAAGAAUUCCGAACGGUGAGAAGAGCGAAGAAUGGGAAUUCUUAACGACGACGCCGUGUUAAUCGAACCGGGAAAAAUCUCCGGCGAUCCCACAAUCGUUACCGUCAAUUGCCCCGAUGAAUCCGGUCUCGGUUCAACUCUCUGUAGAAUCAUCCUCGAAUUUGGUCUCUCCAUCACCCGAGCAGAUUUUUCAACAGAUGGAAGAUGGUGUUAUAUAGUGUUUUGGGUUACUCCAGAUAUUAGCUCACCUAGAAUUGAUUGGGACAGCUUAAAGAAUCGUCUUUUAUCUGCUUGUCCAUCUUGCUUAGGCUCUUUCUACUUCUGUCUUCAAUCCAAUGUCUCUAAGCCUCCUUCCCUUUAUCUUCUCAAGUUCUUCUGCCGUGACAGGAAAGGAUUGCUUCAUGAUGUUACUAAAGUCUUGACAGAGCUAGAGUUUACGAUACAAAGAGUCAAAGUCAUGACAACACCAGAUGGAAGAGUUUUGGACAUGUUUUUCAUCACUGACGCAAUGGAUCUAUUGCACACGAAACAGAGGCAAACCAAAACGUGUGACCAUCUAACGGCUGUGCUUGGUGAGCAUGGUGUGAGCUGCGAGCUUGAACUAGCUGGGCCUGAGUUAGAGAGUGUGCAACGGUUCUCUUCACUUCCACCUGUGGCUGCUGAUGAGCUGUUUGGCCCAGAUGGGUUUGAUAAUAGCGGCUCUAGCUCUAACAAAGCGGUACUCACGGUUGAUAAUCAGUUGAGCCCUGCGCAUACGGUGCUUCAGAUUCGUUGUGUUGAUCAAAAGGGGCUUUUCUAUGAUAUCCUCAGGACUUCCAAAGAUUGCGAUGUCCACAUUGCCUACGGCAGGUUCUCCUCCAAGGUUAAAGGCUAUCGGAAUUUGGAGUUGUUUGUUCGAGGUACAGACGGUAAGAAAAUAGUGGACCCAAAACAUCAAGCCAACUUCUGUGCUCGACUUAAGGAGGAAAUGAUGUGUCCUUUGCGAGUGAUUAUUGUAAACCGAGGACCAGAUACUGAGCUAUUAGUAGCCAACCCUGUGGAGCUAUCUGGAAAAGGAAGACCACGAGUUUUCUACGAUGUCACACUUGCGUUGAAAUCACUAGGAAUCUGCAUAUUCUCCGCUGAGAUUGGGAGGCAUUCGACUUUAGAUCGACAAUGGGAAGUUUAUAGAUUUCUUUUGGAUGAGAGUCGUGAAUUCCCGUUGGCUAGUCUCCGUGCGAGAAAUCAAGUAGUAGAUAGAGUCACAAAGACACUUAUGGGUUGGUGAAGUGAAUGAUAGAGAGCUUUCAUGAACAUUAUUAUCCUACUCGAGAAACCGAGUCUUCGCUUGCAGCUUCGGGUCGAUGAAGAGUGAGCAAGGGGUUGUGAUUCGGAGUUUGGUUGCUGUUGUAUGGAGCUAAUAGCGUUGUAAAGAUUUGGGAAAUUGUAAAAUGACGCAAUUGCAAUGAAUGCUUGUAAAAACUCACUUUGCAAAGGUAAACCGAAUCUUUCGGCCGUUGAUGAGGUGGUUUCUACAAGAGAGCAACACGGAGACUCGGUGUGUUGAAUGUGGGAGAAUUGACCCGAGCCAGGUUCCAUUCGAAUCGCAAACAUGUACAUUUAUACAUUGGGGAUCAUAUGGUAAUUAGACAUUGUAUCGAGUGUCGCCAUUAAAGAGAAGCACUUAUCUAUGUAUUUUUGAAUUCUUUUUGUUAAGAUAUGGUUACCAUCAAUAUAUUAAUCUAGGACUGUACUUUUUUUUUU